AUGAGGGCUAAGAACCCCCUUGCCUUCCGGCCAGGGCCUGUGACUUUCUGGACUACUGUCAUAUAUAUCGCCCUUUUUAUUCCUCUUAUAUGGGUUCACGAGACUGUCCCCCCGGCUCCCGCCGAUCGCUCAUUAUAUCAAGGCCUCAACCUCACCGAGGCCUGGCUCGAUUUGCAGGCCAUCAGUAGCACUUAUCAUCCCUACAACAGUCACGAGAAUGACCGAGUACGCCAGUUUCUUAUCGACCGCACCAAGGAAAUUCUGGACCGAAACGAUCUUUCUUAUACGACCGAGAGCAUUGGUGGUGUAGAUUGGUACUCGAGAACCUCUUCUUUUGGAAACCCAAACUCCUUUGAUGCGCCUCAAGAGACGGUACAGGCCAAGCCUCGCGGAGCCACUCUCUUUGACGACAGGACCUCCAAUGUCUCUUGGACUUACAACACCGCCAGGCGCAUGGGCUCUAACAUCUCCAAAGGAACAUGGCUGGGACAAUACUUUGAAGGAAACAACUACUAUGUUUAUAUCCACGGCACAGACGACCCUGAAGGCGAAUGGUGGCGGGACGAAUCCAAGUAUAAGAAAUUCCACGGCCAGGGAGGUGUUCUCGUCAACUGUCACUUUGACUCCGUUUCCACUGGGUAUGGUGCUACCGAUGAUGGAAUGUCCUGUGUCUCGAUGCUCCAGCUUUUGAGCUACUUCACGCUCAAGGGACGUCAGCCCAAGAACGGCAUCGUUCUGCUCUUCAACAAUGCCGAGGAGGAUGGCCUUCUUGGCGCUAGAGCUUUCGGCUAUAGUCCCCUAUUGCAUUUCACCCAUACAUUCGUCAACCUUGAAGGCGCUGGAGCCGGAGGCCGAGCUCUGCUUUUCCGUACUACUGAUUUGCAGGCUGCCAAGGCGUACUCCAAGAGUCCCCAUCCGCUAGGAUCUGUUGUUGCUGCCAAUGCUUUUGAACGAGGCGUUAUCAAGAGCGCCACCGAUUACGAGAUCUUUGCAGAUAUCUUUGGGCAGCGUGGACUUGACAUCGCAUUUUAUGCCCCUCGUGCUCGCUACCAUACCAACCAAGAUGACGCCCGACAUACAUCUGUUAACAGCAUCUGGCAUAUGCUCUCAGCUGCACUCGCUUCGACCGAGCAUUUAUCCAAAACGACUGGUACCAUUUUUAACGGUGACCGAUCUGAUGGCAACUCUGAUCUUGUCCAGAAUGGAAAACAGGCUGAGGGCGUCUGGUUCGACAUUUUUGGCGCUGCAUGGGCCGUGUUCGCGCUUAGGGGACUCUUUGCAUGGUCGUUGACACUCCUCGUUGCCACCCCUCUAGUUCUUAUGGCCUUUACGUAUAUUCUAGUACGCAACGACAAGUACUACUUCUUCGCUCGUGACAUCAAGAUGCACCACGACAUUAACGAUGAUCCGGUCACGUUGGGUGGUUGGAAGGGCUUCUUCCGGUUCCCCUUUGCGCUUGCCUUUGCUGGAGGAUUGACCAUUGCGGCUACACUUUUGGUUGCUAAGUUCAAUCCACUGAUCAUCUACAGUAGCGGUUACGCUGUGUGGUCCAUGACCUUGUCUAUCUUUUACUUCUCCUUCUGGCUCAUCAUGCGAGGUUCGGCCUUUGUCCGCCCAAGCGCCCUUCAUCGAGGCUUUGUGCUGAUUUGGCUUUUCGCUCUUGGAUGGGGUGUACAAGUUGUCUGUGCCGUGGCAGAAGACCGCAUGCACAUUGGUGCCCUAUAUGCGACCGUGUUUUUCCAGUCAGCCAUUUUCCUGGCUCUACUGAUUUCUCUAUUGGAGCAGUUUGCGCUGCUUGGCAAGCACGACUUUGCCCUCCAGCUACAUGAUGCGCAUCAGGCACGCGAUGUCUCGAGCCGCGGAACUGAGCAAGAAUCCAGACCCCAACCAGACAACGAACCUGCCCGAGCUGAGGCCGAUGAUGGUGAGGACGAAGAUGAAGAUGCUACCGAGACAACGCCACUUAGAGCUGGUGAGUCUGGCUACGGUUCCAACGCCCAGACGUCAUUCGCAAACACGUACCGCCGUUCGGUUGCCGACACCUCGCCUGCUCCGCCUAGCAUGCGACGAUACCAGCCUUUCGAACAUGAGCAGAGCUGGUCUGGACGUCUUCCCACGUGGACUUGGAUUCUUCAGUUCCUCUUUUUGGCCCCGAUCCCUGUGAUUCUGUUUGGCAACCUUGGACUAGUUGUGAUGACUGCUACGCAGAUGACGGGUACCGAUGGAGGCAGUCUUCUUGUUCCUGUUCUGUCUCUGGGCAUUCUCAGCAUCUUCUUGUUGCUGCCACUCACGCCUUUCAUGCACCGAGUCACCCAUCAUGUCCCAAUGUUCCUGUUUUUUGUUUUCGCUGGCACGUUGAUAUACAACUUGGUAGCAUUCCCGUUCUCCGACAACAACCGCUUCAAGUUUUACUUCCAACAGGUGAUUGAUCUCGAUAACGGCACUGACACAGUCUCUAUUGUGGGAAUCGAGGAGUAUGCGCGCUCUGUUAUCAACUCGCUGCCGAGUACGACUGGUCAGCAGAUCAAGUGCCAACCAGCGGUUGGGCGGGAUCUAACGGACUGCCAAUACGACUCUUCUUCUCUGACUCCCAACUUGUAUAAGGACAAGUCGCCCAAGCAGUUAGUCUCGAUCGAAACGGUUGACGGUAGCAACGGAUCGAGAGCUCGGCUUCGAAUUGACGCUGUUGAUUCCAGACUUUGUUACGUUCGCACAUCUCGACCCAUCUACGGAUUUGCUGUUGAUGGCGCGAGUGCGCGAGAUCCUCGCUUUGGAAAAUUUCCUUCAGAGGGUUUCAGUAGUGUCCAACUCUGGCGACGUGAUCGCGAUCGACCCUGGACCUUGAAUCUUUACUUGAAUGAGCGCAACGCACUAGCCUUGACAGAAUCAGAGCAAGAAAGUGAGAUGUUGGGAACAAAGGCUAGAUCAGUAGAGCAAGCAGCAGGCUUGGAGGUCACAGUUAGCUGUGCCUGGAGCGAUGCCAACACCCCUGGCACGAUUCCUGCUCUUGACGAACUUCUUAAGUACAUGCCCACUUGGGCAGCAGUCACCAAGAAGAACGUUGGACUUGUGGAGGUUCGAAAGACUCACAAAGUAUAA